CUCCGUCAGGUAAUGCUGACCUGUGUGCUGAUAGACUCAUUAAAUAUUCAGCACCUUGCUGAGAGCUUUAGACGCUAGACUUUAGAUUUGGUUACAUUUCGAACAGAGCAGCACUAAAGCCUGUUCUUGCUUAGGUCGGAUUAUGGUUCAAAACGUGGAAUCUGUGCUGACUUUUUGCCGAAGUCAUGCUUUCUGUCUUUUGCUUUUCUGUUACUUCAUCUACAUAAUUAUCGGUGCAGUUGUUUUCAUGGUGAUUGAACAACCUGAGCAAAAUUCACUUGUUGCUGAAGUACAUGAGCUUCGAGUGAGAUUUUUAGAAAACAACCGGUGUGUGAAAGAAAGUAGUUUGGAUCAUUUGCUAAAAAAGUUGCUCUUUGCUGGUAGACGUGGGGUAAUUGUAAAGGCUGACCGUGAAGAAUAUAACUUUGACUUCACUUCAUCGUUGUUCUUUGUCAUAACUUUUCUCACGACCACAGGUUAUGGUACCACUGUUCCACUGUCGGACGAGGGUCGAGUGUUUUGUAUGCUUUACUGUGUCGUCGGCAUUCCUCUCACCUUCCUCCUGCUCUCAAGCAUCACCCGUGCCCUGGUGCCCAGACUGAGUCAGGCUCCCAUACGCCACUUUCACGUCUACUGGGGUGUGUCUCGCAACCGUGCUGCCCUGAUUUACUGUGGAUUAUUAGCAGUGUGCACAGCAACACUGUUCUUCCUGUUGCCUGCUGUCAGUCUCUGUCUGUUGGAGAAAGACUGGAGCUUUCUGGAGUCGUUCUACUACUGCUUCAUUUCGCUCAGUACCAUCGGGCUGGGAGAUUAUCUGCCUGGACGGACACACAGUCAUGCUGCCAGACAGGCACUGGAAUUCGCCACGUCCUGUUACUUGAUGCUUGGUCUUGUUGUCUUGCUGGUCGUUAUGGAGAGUUUCUGGCAGCUUCAGCAAGUGCAAGCCUUGGUGUGUCUCUUUGUUGGGUCUGCAGCAGCAGCAUCACUAAAAGAAGACGAUCUUGAUGAGCUAGGACUCAGUGAAUGGCCAGACAACUAUGAGAUUUCAGAAGUGGACAUCAAGUUUAGACCCCCUAUCUCCAUCAUCUCACAGCGCAUGUCGGACUCAUCGAACCCUUUUGUGGAGGAUGCAUUUGUACCUUUUACACCACAAGAGACAAAUUAUAGGAAGACAGAGUGUCCUUCGCAUCAACCAGACCCUGAUCUAGACCCAGCUGAUCAAAAUAGCUAA